AUGAAAAAAACAAAAGAUGAUUAUAGAAAAUUAUAUGUUGAUACAAUUAUCGAUGCUGUUAAACAAAUUGAUAAAGGAAAUAAUCGACCAUUUGUUACUUCGUCACCAUCAAAUGGACUUGAAACAAUAAUUGAAAAUUAUAUUGCUAAGGAUCCUCAAGAUCCACUUUAUGGUGAUGUUCAUUUUUAUGGAUAUCAGGAUGAUUCAUGGGAACCAACAACAUAUCCAAUAACUCGUUUUCUAUCUGAAACAGGUAUUCAAUCAUUACCAAGUUUAGAUACAUGGUAUGAAACGACAAUGAAUUCAUCGGAUUUAAAUUUUAAUAGUUCAUUUAUUUUACAUCGUGAACAUUCAGAAAAUCAAUUGACUGCAAUGAUGAAACAUAUUGAAAAUAAUUUACCAUUACCAGUAACAAAUGAUUCAUUAAGAAAUUUUGCUCAAUUAAUUUAUUUAAGUCAAAUAAAUCAAGCUAUGACAUUAAAAAGUAUAAGUGAUCUUUGUCGACUUCAUUCAUCAACAGAUAUGAUUAAUCCAAAAACAGGUCAAGGUCAUACCAUGGGCUUAAUGUAUUGGCUAAUAAAUGAUAUUUGGCAAGCACCAACAUGGGCAACAAUUGAAUAUGGAUUAAAAUGGAAAAUGAGUCAUUAUUAUGUUGAUCAUAUGUAUGCACCUGUUUAUUCUAUUGCUAUGCUUACACCUUAUUUAGCUAAUGUUACAGAUGAAAAUGCUCAAGUUUCAUUUUAUGUUAUUAAUGAAUUACUUAAUGAUACACGUGGUGAUUUAAUAUGUUCAAUUUAUACAUUAGAUACAUUAUCACCUCGUUUAUCAUUUGGAAAUGAUAUUUUAUUUACUUCACCUGAUGUACAAAAUAUUAUGAGUUUUCCUUAUUCAUUAUUAAUGAAACGUGUUGAUUGUAAAGAUAAUUCUCCAUGUAUAAUUCAUUGUUUAUUAAAUCAUAAUCAACAUCAAAUAGGACAAACAUUAUUUUUAAAUCGACCAAAAAAUUAUCAAGUAUUAAAUCCUAAUUUACAAAUUGAAACUAAUGUAACUGGUUAUUUUUCACGAAAUGGAUUUCAUAUGUUUCAACCAAGAAUGACUAUUAAUUUUCAUUCAUGGAUACCAAUUAAAGAUUUUGAUAAAGAUAAUUUUGAUAUACGUCAUACUUCAUUGUUUGAUGUUACAUUACCAUAA